UGCGCAUGCGUCAUAAAUGUCGCUAUUAAGUAGACAGCUGCACGGAGAACAUCCUGGGGAUGGUUUCUUAAUAUAUAUAUAUAUAUUUUAAAGGUAAAUCAAAGGUUAUCUCCACAAAAUGAAGUUCCCAAACUCAUAGAUUCGUGAGGCUAUUGUGAGAAGAAGGUGGUCCAUGCUGUAUUCGUGAAAUAAUGACAUGCUGGCCUGUCUGCCAGCUUCAGGUGACUCAACCUUCCAUCUUCUUACCCGUACGCAGAUGAACACUGGACUUCAGAAAUGGGAAACUACACAGAAGAUGAGAUCUGUCAGCUAUCCAACCCCAGCAGAGUUGGAUGCCUAUGCUAAGAAAGUUGCAAACUACCCUCUGACCAUCCAGAUCUUCCCCAACAGCGUCAAAGUACCUCAAAAGAAGCACAUUCGCCGCACAGUCAACGGACUUGACACAUCCUCUUCCCACAACAGACACAGUCCCUACCCCUCUCAGGUCAGCACUGCUGGGGGCUUGCUGGCUGUCCUCCACGCUCCUGUCAAAAGUGUUAUUACGGAGGCAGAAGGGAGCCGCACCCGACAGCUUCACAAGAUCGUCAUGAAUUCUAACAGCGGGCCGUAUGCUACGCAAAGCACUUUAAGUCUUUCUCAGCCUGCUCCUCACUUACAAGGCCAUUCUCAGCCUCAGACGCCGGCCUUAGCUGCCCAGAAACAGAGUAUGCUCCAUCCACAGGCACGACAGCAGCAGCAGCAAAGCGUGGCUCAUGCAGUGACUUCACAGCAGCCUCACACUAUGCCUCAUCCUCAAAUUAUACAACAAAGGAACGUGGCUCAGUCACAAGCUUUGCAGCGGCAACAGAAUUUGGCCCAGGUUCAGACUUUGCAACAGCAAAAUUUGGCUCAGCCACCAAAUAUGCAGAGGCAGCAGAGUUUGCCACAUGCCCAGACUCUGCAGCAUAACCAGAGCCAAACAUGUCCAUCAGCUGUGCCACAGCAGCAUCUUUCUCGUCUACAGACACUAAAGCCUCAGGCGACUCCUCAACAAGCUUUACUUGUGCAGCAAGCAGUGCCUCAGGAACUGCGGCACGUGACUGAUGGAGCUCACCUUUCAAGCCUACAACAAUCCCAGGGUCUUGUUGGCUCACAGCCACUUCCCCAGGCUGUGGGUGCAGGGCAUUCUGCCUUGGUUCAUAGCCUCCAGCAGCCCUCAUCUGGUGCCUACGGGUCCCGGAAGCUUCCCGAUGCUGAUGCACCACCAAAUGUUACUGUAUCUACCUCCACAAUCCCGUUAUCCAUGGCAGCCAGCCUGCACCAGAACCGGCCUGGUGACCUAAACAGCAUUGUUCACCAAAUCAACCAGUUAUGCCAGGCACGGGCUGGUGUGGGUACCACCUCUGUUUGUGAAGGUCAGAUUGCCAAUCCCAGCCCCAUCAGUCGCAACUUGCUUAUCAAUGCCAGUUCUAGGGUGUCUUCUCAUCAUCCAGCUCUGAGCUCGAUUCCGAGCUGCCUCAUGGCAGGACCCCUAGACAAAAGUACAGCUCAAGGGUCCAGUGCUGCUCUCCAGUCACAGCCUAGUGUAGCUGUCAGUACCCGUAUGCCAACCUUUCACAGAGACGCAGAAAACCUCCAGCAGCUUCAAAGCCAUUUACAUCAGCAGAAACAGCAGCAGCAGCAAUUACAACAGCAACAUUUACAUCUGCAGCAGCUGCAACAGCAGCAGCGCUCGUGGGUGCAGCAUCAACUGUCGCACAUGCAGCAACCCCCUGAGGGGGCUCACCCCUGCAAGACCCCAAGGAGGGAGUCUUCCACUGAUUGUGCUUUCCCGUCUCGAAACCUCAGUUAUACCCCAAAACUCACCAGCUCCGCUCCAUCCUUUCUUUUAAAACAUGCACCAGAAAAAACGCAGUCGUCAUCCCCGGUUAAUUGUCCAGGAGGUUCCAUGCCUUAUGUUAAUGAUCACUACAUGCAACCCCCUUGGGUCAGCGUCCCAGCCACAGCAGGUAAUGAUGGACAUGGUACUCAGGAGGUCCCAGGUGUUUUCCAGGGAGGGCAGGCUGCUGCCUCCACAGACCGCAUUCCAGGAUUAAAGUACAGACCAUGGAAAGAAGGUACCACGGCCCAGUUAAUGCAGAAUGUGGACUUUCUUGGAGGGAGCUUCCAGAUUCCCAGCUUCCAGGAGGCAAAUUUGGAUGUGAUGGAGAAGAUACAGCGGUCAAACGUUGGCCAGGUUCAGGCGCCCCGGAGUGGUGGUGGACACACUAAUCAACCAGGCUACUGAUUAGGCUUGAGCUUCUUUCUUUCUCUUGCUCUCUCUCUUUCUCUCCCCACAUCUACUUUCAGUUGUUCUUUUAGAUCUUGCAAGUGAUCAAUUACAUUUCUGUCCCUCCAGAGCUUGAUAUAUUGACAUACCCACUAAAUUUUGAUGCUUCGGAGCAUUCCUCAGGUCUCCUCAGGCUGGUUUCUAUGUUGUACUUUUGUUCCAGGUUUAGGGUUUUGGAAUUCCUCUGCUCAUCUCUGUGCAGUGCUGUAAAAUAUUCAGCUGCUGCUGAUAUUAUUGUCUCAGUGCUUUUUUUUUUUUUUUUUUUUUUUUUUUUUUUUUUUUUAGCGUUUGAGGCCUUAACACAACCAAAAGGAAAGGCUAAAGAUAUCUUGGUGUAGUGUUUAAAUUGCCAAUAAUUUGUCCUAUUAACAGUUUUGUGAUCCAUCUGAAGAAGUGGAUAUUAUAUAUUAUGCAACUGAUGAGACUGUUAAUAUGUGUUGUUCCAGUAGCUCCCUCCUUCAGCUGAGAUCUACUGUUGUUACUGGGCCUAAGUGGGAGCUGUGGGUCAUCAGGAAUAUAACAAAGUUUUCUGAUCUGCAUCACGAGAGGCUCAGGUAACUUUUAUAUCACUCGGUGGGUGGUCACUUUGCUCGUCACUGCAGGAUUUUACUUCUGAAGUAACACAAAGCUAGCACUAGCUACAUUAAUGUUAAUACGUUGUUCUUGAGAUAGUAUCUGGAGUUGCAGUUAGUGUGAGCUUAUCUCCUGCUGUGUGUUUCUAUACAUUUUAAAAAUUUGUCUUGCAGUAAUUUUUUUGUUUGCCGCACGCCCCCUUUUUUGGUGGGGUGGGGGGGGCUAUUUCUGUAGUAGGUUCUACUUGAACAGUACAAACAAAUUGUAAAUGUUAAACAUUUGGUGGAAGGACAUGAAUAUGUACUUGCCCUCAUCUGCAGCUAAUGUGGAACGGUGGACGGCUCAUUCUUACAAAAGGGUUUUUUUGUAUGUUGGUAUGUGAAAACCAAAUUGAUCACUUGCAAGUGCGCAAGGACAGAAACACUUUCCGCACCACUUUACUACUGUAAUGCAAGUGAACUGAUACAGCGGAGGGCAUCACCUGUAGCGUGUGUGGGCUAUACAACCACUCAUCUUUAACGGCCUUUAAACGGCAAAAUAUGAAACUCUUCAAUUCAGAUUAUAGUCCCAGUCAUAAUUAUUGCCUUCCUUUAGUUUAAAGUAUAAAAUAAAAAAUGCUCAGAAAUAAAUGCAAAUGAACAAAUUUUGUAUAAUCAAAAUAUAAUUUAAUAUAAUAAAAUGUCCAUAGUUGCUGAACAACAACAAAAAAGGGGGGUUUCAAACAAUGAAAUAAAAUGAAUGCAUGAUGCAGCUGUUGGCACACAGUCCUUUUUAAAAAGAUGUGAAAUUUCAGCUACAAUUUGUCACAAGGCACAUGGUGCACCCCGGCCUAGAUUUAAUCUGUUAGAAAAUCCUUCUGUGUUCCACGAUGAACAGUUUCUUCACUCACAGUCACAGAAACUUCUCCAGAGUUAAUAGAAUCACUUAUUUACUGCAUAUUCACCAGUGUGCCAGUUUGUCACAUUUAUGUUUUAUGUCUAGGAUAUAUGUAAUAUUUUUAUUUUUUUGCACCUCAGGUAUAUGAAAACAUUUUGUUGUUGUUUUUUCAGUAACUUUGGAAAUUUUAUUAAAUAUUCUACCACAACAGAUCCAGUAUGGGUCUGCAUGUACCAGAAGAAUUGGGGCGUAGGUGACUUUGACCAUGGAUCUGAGGCAAGCGCACUAACCGCUUGCACUGUUUUCCCAUUUAACAAAGGCAAUUUGCAUUUGUUUCUGAACACAAAUUUUAUGUUAAAUUACAUGGCUGUCAAUAAUUCUGAGCAACACUGUUUUACUCGAUGUUUCCUCCUCUUGUGUUGAGUUGACGUUAUCUUGGCAACGAGCCUUAACCUUCACCUCUACAUCCUGACCUUAACUGACAUUGGAUUGAAGUCAGGCCGAAUGAUGCAAAGUACAGCAUUGUUUUUGUUUUUCCUUCUGUCAGCUGUGGUUUAUUUGACAUGUUCUUGGUACUGUCAGAUUACUAAUGUGUAUGCAGUGGGAAUGCUUACUGCCUUAAUUGGAAAUAUUAAGGUAUUAGUACUACUCAUAGCUGUUUUUACAUUGCCCAUACUACUGUCAAAAAGAUUGCCUGUCAAUCAAGGACUUUUAAAAAGCAAAAUAUGAAGACUGUCUAGCAGAGUGUAUAAGUAAGAUGUGGGCUUUAGCAGUUAUUUUGAAGUAUUUGGACUGUAUUUUAAUUUUAUGUUAAUUUAUUUUUGGGACAACUACAUCCUGAAGCCAUAGGUGUUUCCGCUUUAGUUGCCAUACGUGAUGCUUGUCGAAGCAGAUACUGUAAACUAUAUUGUGUGCACUCUGAUGCAAAUAGGAGAGCCUGCUGCAUCUGCGCUCGAAUUGUCUUUCUCAACAACUAGCAUUAGCUUCCUCUGAAUUUUUAAUGAACACAGUCAGGUAAAAGGGAGAAAUAAUGCUAAGGUGACGUGUUCUCCAAAGAAAGACAACUCGGAUGCAAGCUUUAGGUUUACUUGAUUUUCACACUUGAUGGCAGUAGUCCCACCCCCAACCCCAGCCCUGGCUCUCAUUAAUGAUGUGCCUGCUCCUCUGAAGCUGCUAUUGACUUUAAUAUUUAUACACACUAGUAUGGUUUGUAUGUACGUGUGCAUGAGUAGUCAUGAUGUAUGAGCUAGAUCACUGGAUUUACUUCUUAUUUAUGAGAUGAGUGCAGGGCGAAAAUGACCACCACCCAAAUGCUGGUGACCGUGGCUGCACGUUUCAGCAGCUCCUUCAACAAGUAAGCAGCCCAGUCCUCGAUGCGACCGGCUGCUUUUGUAGAUGGACUUCUUCCAGGCUUGAUUAGGUUACGUCAGAUAGACUGGAGUCUUAUAUGUGGGUUCCACUUCCCUUUUCACUCACUGUGCUAAGAAGCUGUUAGAACAGGUACAUGCAGAAUACUGUGUGACCUGUCCGAACUGCAGGAGUCUGUGUUGCACUAAUCAUCCUCCAAAGGGGGAGUGAAAAGUACAAAUUCCCUUGAUUUAACUGAGCUGCUUAUAAACGCGUAGCUUGCUGUCCGUCGUAGCUAUCCACCCGUCACAGGCAUGGUCCGCACCCCUCUUAAACUUCAUCCAGUUACUCCCCAAA